AUGAAUACGCAAUCCAACCCAAUUAUUCCAAGACGCAGCAGGCGUCAGCAAGGCAUUGAUGAAACACCUAAUCAAGUGAAGACUUGUAGCCGGAAAAGAACCCUUGCGUCAUGUGGAGGAGCAAGAAUAGCAGAGGUAUGGGAUGAUCAAGAAUCUGAGGAUACCUUCGAUGACGAGUCUGAGAGUAAGCAUGAUGAAGAUCCUGAGAAUGUCCUUCAGAGCGAUCAUGAUGAACCUAUUGCAGAAGAAUGUGAAGAAGACGAUGAGGGAAUCAAUAACCAAGAACUAUCAAAUGGAGAUAGGGGUAAUACAGAAGCUGAAGGAAGUGAAGAAAGACCUGACCCGGACAAUAAAAAAGAUCAGGAAGCAGGACAAGAACAAGAAUUUGACAAAGAUCAAGGUGGAAACAAGAAGAAGAAAACCAGAGGACCAACGAGGAUGAACAAAGUGGCUAAAAGCCAUGAGGAGAAGGUGGGAGUCGAGUUUAACAGUGCAGGUGAACCUAUUGGUAAAGGCUCAGUUGCACUUUCUUCUUUCCUUGGCCCUCUUGUGAGAGAGUACGUCCCUGUGCUUCUAGACGAUUGGAGGCACAUUGAUGAGCAGACAAAAGAGACAAUGUGGGAAGAGGUUCAGGCGAGGUUCAAUUUAACAGAAGGCUGGCAAAAGACAUCUGUCUUCCAACAAAUGGGUUGCAUUUUUAGAGGUUCUAAGUCUAGGCUAGUGAGGGAACUGCGUGCUACAAAGAGUAAGGAAAAGCUACGUAGCUUAAAACCAAGCAACAUUCACAAUGCCUCAGCUUGGAUACAAUGGGUCAAGAGGAAGACCGGUCAAUCUUUCAAGGAACGAAGUGACAAAUUCAGAGCAUUGCGGAAACGUCAGAUUCCACAUACCACCAGUCGCAAAGGAAUGGUUCGCCUUGCUGAUGAAAUGAAAAAAAAGGCUUCUGACCCAAGUAAGAUUACUAGAAGCAAGAUCUGGAUAGCUGGACAUACCCAUGCAGAUGGAAGAGCCGUGAGACCGGAGCAUGAAGAAACAAUUGAACAAAUUAAAUCACUUGAUAGUGAGAUUGGCUCAAACUCCAGCAUUAGUGUUAAAGAAGAUGCUGUGAGUAAGGUUUUAGGUAUAGACAAGAGUGGAAGAGUCAGAGGAAUGGGCAGAGGGAUUACCGCUACGAAGUUGGCUUUCAUACAGGCUAGAGAUGCACAUGUGCAGAAGCUUGAAGCUAAGCAAGAAGUGUUGGUGAGCGAAAUUGAAGAUUUGAAACUUUUGGUGCGUGACUUAGCAAACGGGAAAAGAAGAAAUCUGGAUGACCGUUCACCAUCCGAUGACAUUGGUACAAGCAAAGGAGGACCUAGGUGUCAGAUACUUGAUUGGUAUUCUGAGGAUGAUGUUGUUGUCGGUGAAGGAGAAUUAUGCUCUGUUGAGCCAACUUACAAGAUUGGCCGUAUUCCUAUUGGACCAAAUGCAGCAGCUGUGGUUGUUAACUUCGUAGCAGAUAAAGAAGCAUAUGUAUGGAGGCCUACAACAACUAUCACUUCACUUGGACAAGCUGUGGGAUGCAAGAUUGCAUGGCCAUUUGAUAAGCUCAUUGUCGACAGUACGAACUCUGAAACUGUCAACAAGAGAGCCGGUUCAUCGGCUACAUAUGCAUUAGAAGACAGAAUCGAGAUUAUCGCUUGGAACAAUGACUCUGAAGUAAUUGCUGAGGGAUAUUUGAUUUCAGAUGACCCAAAAGAGAUCUUGAAUAAUAUUACUUUGGGUCCGAAUGCAGCAAUAGUUAAUAUUGACCAUGUGAUUAACAAGGAGGCUUACUUGUGGAGACCAAGCGAAGAUAUGAAUGUGAUGGGUGAUGCACUAUUCACGAAUAUAGCAUGGCCCAUUUCGAAGGUUAGACAGUGUAAUGUACAACUAAUGGAGGAAGAAGUUUAUCGGACUGGAACAGGUUCUACUCUCAAAGGAGCAGAACCAUUGGUUAACAAAGCAGGAGCGGUGCCAUCAGACGGUAAAGGAGCAGAAACAUCUAAAGAUUCAUCACCUAAGAGUGUAACUAACAGCUCCAGAACUAGCGGACAUUUUAUGAAUAAAUGCUUCAUCCUAGACUGCUUUGGAUCAGGAAAAAAGGUGGCAGAAGGCAGAGUAUUAUCAACAACUCCAAAAGACAAAGUCCAUUUCGUUCCAUUGGGACCAAACGCGAGCAAUGUAUGGGUAGAGGUAUGUAUGAUUUAUGAUGCACGCAUAUGGAGACCAACCUCAGAAUUCAAGUUUGUUGCUGAUGCAUUGGGUUCUACAGUUGCUUGGCCUAAUGAUGCAAUUUCUUACAUGUGA